GUUAACUUUUUUCUCUGAAUUCUCUUUGUUUACGGAAUUUGUUUUCUUGUCACCAAAUAUAUAGCUCAUGUGUAAGAUUCUAUUGACAGAAUGGCUGAUUCGAAUAUUGAAUCAUUAAAUGAUGUUGAUAUUGUAGCCGUACCUUUUACUACACAUUUAGAUGAUGAUUUUGAUGCUGUCAAUUUGAACGAACCAUUCAUGACCAAUUGGAAAGAAACAGUUGAUGAUGAUGAUCAUGAUCUAUUAUAUACAUCGGCUCCACAAGUUUUAAUCGAUUCACCACCAUUGUUAUCAAAUGAUAAUAAUGAUAAUAAUAAUAAUGUUGAUCACGAAGAUGAUAAUGAUAAUAAUGAUGAUAAUGAUGAUGAAGACGAUGAUGGUGGUGAUGAUGAUGAUGAUGAUACAAAUCAUUCACAAGAAUUAUCAAAUCCACAAAGAUCAUCUUCAAUUAAUCCAAGCAGAAAAUGGCAACCUAAACAAGUACAAAUCAAAACAUUGGAAGGCGAAUUUAGCGUUACAAUGUGGUCUCAUGAUGAUAUGCCAGCCAUAAAUUUUAUGGAAGAUUUUCCAACCGAUAACAACAAUGUUUCGAUCGAAGAUAUUCUACCUUCUGGAUUCUAUAAAAAUUGUCCUCAACCAAUCGAUGAUAAUUGUCCAACAAUUAUUGUAAAGAAUACCAAUUCGAAUCAAGUUUCAUCGAAUAGAAAAUUAUUGGGCGAACAUGAACUACGUACGAUAGCAUGUCCACAUAGAGGUUGUAUGAAAAUGUUUCGUGAUAAUAGUGCUAUGCGAAAACAUCUUCAUACACAUGGUCCACGAGUACAUGUUUGUGCUGAAUGUGGAAAAUCAUUUGUCGAAUCAAGUAAACUAAAACGUCAUCAAUUAGUGCAUACGGGCGAAAAACCAUUUCAGUGUACAUUCGAUGGAUGUGGUAAACGAUUUUCAUUGGAUUUCAAUCUUCGUACUCAUGUUAGAAUUCAUACAGGUGAUCGUCCAUAUGUCUGUCCAUUUGAUGGUUGUCUGAAAAAAUUUGCCCAAUCAACUAAUCUUAAAUCACAUAUUUUAACGCACGCCAAAUCGAAAAAUUAUUCCAAUCCAACCACCACGAAUAACUCGAAUAAUAAACCACCACCAUUACAAUGUUCGGUAAAGAAAAUGAUUACUGCAGUUGUGGAUGUUGGUAUGGAAGCUGCUGCUGCAGUUGCUGCAGCAGCAGCCGGUGCAAAUAACAAUGCCAAUAAUAAUCAUAAUAAUAAUAAUCAUUCCAUUCAAACGAUUGGAUCGGAACCACGUUUAAUUAUAUCGGAUGUAGUAAACGAUGUGGUUCAUCAUACUAUUCGAUCAUCAUGAUAAUAAUAAUAUAUAUGAAUUGAAUGGAGAGGGGAAAAAUUU